AUGGCUUCUACAGCCAAUAAAGUCGGCCACAGCCUGGCAAAGGUCUUAGGCAUCGACCUGCACUACCGGAACGAAACUGGCUCAGAGCGCGUAACACGAGGCGAAAGCGUUUUCACCAUCGACUCCGCAGAUACAUAUGUUGAGGAUGAACCUACUGCGAAAGAAUGGAUUCAAGACACUCUUCCCAGUGGACCCGAGUUCAGAGAAUAUUGCUACAGCUUGUUUCCGUUCCUUCAUUGGAUAGGUCGCUACAACGUACAAUGGUUAAUAGGUGACCUUGUCGCUGGUAUCACCGUGGGUGCUGUUGUCGUCCCCCAAGGUAUGGCCUACGCAAAGCUUGCUGAGCUUCCUGUCGAAUUCGGAUUGUACUCUUCGUUCAUGGGCGUCCUCAUCUACUGGUUCUUCGCUACCUCCAAAGACAUCACCAUCGGACCCGUCGCAGUUCUAUCCACAGUCACUGGCGGUGUUGUGCUGUCAGCGGAAGAGAAAUUAGCCGGUCAGGGCAUCUCACGAGACAUGAUCGCAUCCUCGUUGGCCAUCAUCGCCGGAUCAAUCGUUCUCUUCUUGGGUCUUGUCCGUAUGGGCUGGAUUGUGGAUCUCAUCUCGUUGCCUGCAAUCUCAGCGUUCAUGACUGGUUCCGCGCUCAGUAUCGCUGCUGGACAGUUUCCAACCAUGAUGGGUAUCACAGGUUUCUCGACUAGGGAUCCCACGUACAAAGUGGUGAUCAACUCGCUCAAGUACCUUGGACGAACUAACCUUAACGCAUCAUUCGGCCUGACUUGCCUCUUCCUUCUCUAUGCGAUUCGUUUCACAUGCGGUCAGCUCGCAAAGCGAUUCCCUACCCGUGCGAAGCUGUUCUUCUUCAUCAACACUUUGCGAACGGUGUUUGUUAUUUUGCUGUACAUUCUGUUCAGUUACCUAGCAAACCGAGAGCACAAAGCCAACGGAACUAAGCCAAUUAUUACCACUCUUGGAACUGUUCCACGAGGAUUCCAACACGCUCGCGUACCCAAGGUCACAAUCCCCAUAAUCAAGUCGUUCGCCACCGAAUUACCGUCUACUGUCAUCGUCCUGCUCAUCGAGCAUAUCUCCAUUGCCAAGUCGUUCGGACGAGUGAACAAUUACGUCAUCAACCCAUCGCAAGAGCUCGUGGCCAUCGGCGUGUCCAACUGCUUGGGACCCUUCUUAGGAGCAUACCCCGCAACUGGUUCUUUCUCUCGCACUGCCAUCAAGUCCAAGGCUGGGGUUCGCACGCCUUUCGCAGGUGUCAUUACGGCCAUCGUAGUGCUUCUCGCUAUCUAUGCACUUCCGGCUAUGUUUUGGUACAUUCCCAACGCCGCACUAUCGGCAGUCAUCAUCCACGCAGUGCUUGACUUGAUCACACCACCAAACACCGUGUACCAAUUCUGGAGGAUCUCACCACUUGAGGUCAUCAUUUUCUUCAUUGGUGUUCUGGUUACAGUCUUUUCCAGCAUCGAAAACGGUAUCUACGUUACAGUUUCCGUAUCGGCAGGCAUGUUCGCUUUCCGUCUGUUCAAAGCCAAGGGUCGUUUUAUGGGCAGAGCCAAGAUUCACUCCGUUAUCGGCGACCAUCUGUUGGACCCGCAUGAGGAAGACAAGAUGCCAUCGCCCGGUUUCAAGCAGAAACCAGCAGAGGGAGAGCACUCCAUCCGUGAAGUCUUCUUGCCUAUUGAUCACAAGGAUGGAUCCAAUCCAAGCAUUCAGCUAGAGGACCCUUACCCAGGUAUCUUCAUCUACCGAUUUAGCGAAGGCUUCAAUUAUCCAAACGCAAACCACUACCUCGAUCAACUCACCGACAUCAUAUUUGCGAAGACGCGUCGUACAAAUCAAGCGACGUACAACAGACCCGGCGACCGCCCAUGGAACGACCCUGGCCCUCGUGGAAAGGAGGCUCAAGUACAAGACGAUCGACCUACGCUGAAAGCCAUCAUCCUCGAUUUCUCAUCUGUCAACAACGUCGAUCUUACUUCAAUCCAGAACCUGAUUGAUGUAAGGAAUCAGCUUGACAAGUAUGCGGCUCCAGACACAGUUGAUUGGCACUUCUGCAACAUCAACAACCGGUGGACCAAGCGCUCUCUUGCUGCAGCGGGUUUCGGUUACUACACUCCCGAGACGCCUGACAGCGGCAUAGCGCACCGCUGGAAACCCAUCUUCAGUGUCGCCGAGAUCGGCGGUUCAGACUCGGCUGCUGCGCAAGCAGAAGCACGCGAGAACCUCCUCGCUCAACGCGCACUAUCGCAAGUACGAAGUCACGAUAUCGAGGCAGCUCAUCCAGAAUCGGGUGACAGUUCGGAGACCGAAAGCAUAACAAAGCAGUUGGAACACAGCAAGGCGUACGGACAUGUAGAGGCUGGUGAUGCUAGGCAGAGGGGCCGGAUAGCGGUUGUUCAAGGGCUGAACAGACCGCUGUUCCAUGUCGACGUAACGGCUGCGCUCAACAGUGCGUUGGCCAAUGCGCAGAGAAAGAGUCACUAG